UGCUGUAGCAGGGCUAGCACACCCGGGAUACCAGCGAAACCAGAGCCUGCAACAUAUGGGACCCGAGAUUGCGAGGGUUGCAGCUAAAUAAGUUUAUAGACAUUUAAAAAAAUACAAAAAAACAAAAAAAGCAAACAAAAACAACGUCAACAGUUGUGGAUCUAUCUAUCUAUCUAUACGUGUAUUUUCCCACUUAAAAUACAUGUUUGCGUUGUUUUAUUAUCGGGACUGGAGAUUUAACGCAUAGAAAGACUUUUGUAUCGUUGAAGAAUUUUCUUAAAUGCUUUUAUGACUUUUAAAUAUAUAUUGGUCCUUUUUUUUUAUCAGUUUGGGAGCGAAAGAAGACAAGAGACCCGAUUUAUCUAAUCUUGACACUAUUCUGCGGGAGACUUCCACGGUUCCUUGAGCGUAAUUAGAGGUUUUACCAAAAGAAGAAAUUCGUUUUUUUUUUUUUUUUUCAAGCAAGGACAACUUUAUCUGGGAUGUUGAGUUCUGUAAAAAUGGAAUCCCACGAAAUUCCAGAAUGGAAUUCAUACUACGCAGAACCCGCAGAGAUGUACACUUCCAUCAGUACAAUGAGCUCAGGGAUGGGCUCCAUGAACAACUACAUCAACCUGAAUUCUAUGGGGUCCUCAGCAGGCAUGAACAUGGCAUACCCAAGCAGUGGGAUCAACGCUAACCCUCUGUCGGGCAUGAGCACCAGCUCCAACCACAUGAGCCUUUCCCCAGUGGUGUCCUCCAUCAAUCCAAGCACCCUGACCCAGCUUGGGGCUCCGACCUCCUCCCUCAACUCUGUCUCGCCCUACCAGAACAUGAGCCAGCCCAUGAGCCAGCUGAGCUACCCUUCGGCCAAGGAGAUGAGCAAGCCUUACCGCCGCACCCUGACUCAUGCCAAACCACCAUACUCCUACAUCUCCCUGAUCACCAUGGCAAUUCAGCAGUCCAACAGCAAGAUGUUGACCCUCAAUGAGAUCUAUCAGUGGAUCAUGGACCUCUUCCCUUACUAUAGGGAGAACCAGCAGAGGUGGCAAAACUCCAUCCGCCACUCCUUGUCUUUCAACGACUGCUUCGUCAAGGUGGCCAGAUCUCCAGACAAGCCCGGAAAGGGCUCCUAUUGGGCCCUGCACCCCAAUUCAGGGAACAUGUUUGAGAACGGCUGCUACCUUCGGCGCCAGAAGCGCUUCAAGCUUGAGGACAAAGCCAGCAAGAAGAAUUCCUCGCUCAAGUCUCAAGAUGCCAAGGGCCAGGACAGCCUUCACGAGGAACACAGCCCCGACCCGGGCUCAGAAGGGGCAGAGUCAGCUCAUUCUGACAACUCCCACCACGGUUCUUCUCCCGAGGAGCAGCAACAGAGAAGCCUGAUCCAGCUGGAAUGUCCCCAGCCACCGACCCAAGGCUCUCCUUCUCUGUCUGCUUCUGGUUCCAAUGCCACCUCGUCCUCCCACCCUCUCCCCCAGCCCAUGGGAGGCAACCUCCUUCUCCCCAGCUCCAUCCAACACCUGGAUCUCCAGAACGACCACCUCAAGUCAUUGGACCCUCACUACAAUUUCAACCACCCCUUCUCCAUCACCAACCUCAUGUCCUCAGAGCAAAAGAUGGACCUCAAGUCCUACCAGGAUCAGAUGAUGGCCUAUAACAGCUACUCUUCUUCUUCCUCCCCUAUGGUGGUCAAGCACAGUUACGAGAGCUCCACCUCAUCGUCCAUGGACACAGGACCCUACUACCACACCCUGUACAGCAGAUCCGUCCUCAAUGCCUCAUAACAACCCCUAGAAAGGAGGCUUGAUGGUUUUUCCUUGGACACAAGAUAGGUAGCGGUUUCUAUCAAAGAACAUUUUGUUGGCUACCCCACCCCCUAACAAAAGGAAAUCAUGUAGCAGCCCUGAAUUUGACUGGUCAGCAGACUAAAAAGAUAAAUUCCGUCCACAAAUUCAAGAUGCCUAUGUUGCUGGACUUCAUGGGACGAAAAAAGAAAUUAAUAGUUAUAAUACUACUACUAUGACUGCUACUAAUUAUAAUAAUUAAAAAACAUUUGGCAGUUUCCUCAGGCUUUCUACAGUGUGUAUAUAACUGUAAAUAUGGUCAGCAGAAAACUAGGGUUCAUGUAUUUAUGAAAUGGAAGAUAAUUCUUAAUAUAUCCUGUACAGUGUGUCAAGUCGUUCUUAAAAAAAAAAAAAAAGAAAAAAGUAAUAUUCUGAAUAUGUGGAAUAGGGUGUACGUUUUUAAAGAUUGCUGUUAAUUUCUCUGUUGUUACUGCAUUACAGGGAUAUUCUGACGUGUUACAAUCAAAUGGAUUUGUUCAACUUUUUAACAAAUCUAUAAUAAUUUUGUGUGCCAAAGUGUAGGUCCUAAAAUCGCUGAUUUAGGAUAUAAGGGAAGAAGACAGACUGGGAGGGAAAUACUCCCUAGUCUUAUUGAGAAUCGAAAUCACUUGAAUUUAACCUUUUAUCAGACUAACGUUGUGUCAAUCAUUAAAAAAAAAAAAAAAAAAAAAAAACAAAAAAAAAAAAAAAAAA